GAAAUUAGGAGGAAACAAGUCUUGUUAACAAAGGGGAAAAAUAAUUUCAGUCUGGUUUUCAAAUCUGAAAUUCAAGAAAGAAUGGCCGAAAGCAAAGAGAUAUCAUCUGCGUACGAUCUUAAUGCAAAGUGGGAUGCGUAUCUUGAUUUGGGUGUUCGUCGAUUCGUAUACUCCUCUGCCACCGGCGCUCUUGCUGCCCUACUCCUCUUCCGUUCUCCUGCUACACGUUGGGCAUCUGUUGCUUUUGGUGCAGGAGUGGGUAUCGGAUCUGCAUACUCAGAGUGCUCUCACAAGUUUGAUGAAGGCCAACAACAACCUCGUAUCUAAGGAUUGAUGACCAUGAACUUGUCAGGGAUAUUAUGGUAAUUAGCUUGUGUUCAAUGCCUCAAGAAUUUAUUUAGUAAACUCUGUUGAGAUCUUGUAAUUUCUUAUCUUAAUCAUUGUGAAAUGCAACUGGUGUAUGUUUGUUGCAUGAGUUACAAGAUUGUUAUAUAAAAAAAAAAAAGGGGGAGUAUUUGAUA